AUGUCGGACUAUUUGCCUGAUUGCUUGCCGCCUGAAAUCCUUUGCAGGCUGCCCGUUGAAAGCCUUUUACGAUUCAGGUGUGUAUCGAAGCAAUGGCGUUCUCUCAUUUCAUCUCCACUCACUUACCUCGCUCUUGUUAUGCUACCCCCCUUCUCCUUCUCCGCCACCUCUCCAUCGAACCCAAGAAACAGGAACAUUCCUCUGUCUACCUUGAUUCUUCAAAAACUGAAGAUCACACCCUUGUUAGAGAACUCAAAUUCUCCCUCAAAACUAGUUUAUUUUGUCUCUCUGAUGAUCUCUUCGGACUCGCAAAUACUAGUACUAUCAUUCUCUGGAACCCCGCCAUUCACAAAAGCCUCUCGAAUUUGCUCUGGUCUACCUGGACGUUACGUAUAUUACCUUGGAUUUGGGCUUGAUCCAAAAACUAAAGAGAUUAAAGUCGUGAAGAUAGCCUAUUUGCAAGGAACUUGUGAUGCUUAUCUGAUGCCUCUUGAAGUUGAGAUCUAUAGAUUGAGUAUGGGUUUAUGGAAACAGUUAACUCAAAGGACAUCCAUUGUAGCAUCCUUGAGUAUUUCUAUAGUAGUAUAUAUUUAA